CUGUCUACAUCGCAAUCUGCUGUGUUAUAAAUAAAAGUAGGAAAACAACUCUUUUAGAUAUAUAAACUGUGAAUCGAUGUUAUUGAACACAACGAGUUCUACUGUCGAUUAUUCAUUGGUGACGUAAAAAAAACUAGAAAACGGAGGCCAGCAAAAACAGCAUGUCAACACUAGAGCUGGUGCGGGACUUUCAAAUCCUAGGGUGCAAGGAUGAAGUGAAACGAGGAAUAGCUGCUCGAGUAUAUGUCGAUUUGAUAGACGUUGUAAAAUUGGUGAAAGUAAAUCCGAUUUACGAUGCAGAUUUGAAGGAAAUUUAUUUUAUUGGAACUGAAAUUGUUGAUGACGCUCAAAGAAAUGAUAUCUAUUUACCUACUUCGAGCUAUGGAGACUUGGACUUCCUUCAAUUGGACGAAAUUCAGAAUAAAUUAUGUAAUGAUGACGCUAAAAGUAUUAUAUUAUGUAUUUGCGAUGCCAGCUCCACCAUUGUCUACUAUCGGUUGACAAAAGGUUUUCAGCCGAUGUGGAAAGGAAAUUCAAAAGACGAUUUGGGUUAAAGUACGCGUACAUCCUGAUUUGGAUUUCGACGUUAAGUUGCUGUGUUUAAUGGGAUAUGUAACAUACAUGUUUUUAAUUGUGAGAGAACAUUACAAUAAAUUGAUAUUAAAAAUA